UUUACCUUGGCCGUGUGGUGCACUUGAUUUAUAAAAAUGCCAAACCAUACCCCAUACACAAAAGCAAACCAAACCAGAGAACUCCAGAUUCUCACGGCUAUUUCUCUAGUAUUCCUCAAUUUCACUUUAGGUUUUUUAACCAUAUUCUGUGUCUCUAUAUACACACACCUAAUUUACCCCACUUUGACACCCUCUUUUGUGUCUAUAAGCAAAGACAACGAGGUAGUUUACUAACUGCAUCUAUCUUUCUUCGGUGGUCUAACACGGUUUCCUAUCAGGUCGUGCCACUAUGUCUUCAGGAAUAUGCUCACAGGGUUUGGUUUUAGCUACAGCUAUGGUAGUUUCCAGCACUGUUAUUUUCCUUACUUUUUCCAGGCAAAAAACUUUGCCUCCCUCCAAACAAACUCUUCGUUCUUGCUUGUCUUCAGAGGGAAAGAGAAGGGGUAGAAAGAAGAAGAAAGUGCAGUUUGCUGAGAAUGUGAAGGAUACAAGCGGCAAUGGAGAAGAGUACAGGAAAGAGCAAAACAAGAAGUUAAUUGCAGCAACAGCAGGAAGAUCAAGGAAAGUUGAUAGAUUCUGCAGAAAUGAAAUGCCGGAAAACAGGAUUGCUUUGUACAAUGGAAUUCUCAGGGACCGUGUGCAUAGAAUGGAGUGUUCAUAUUGAUAACUGUGAAGCUGUUCUUAAACUUUUCUAUGUUGUCAUGUCUAAGCCUGAUUCCCUCUUAUCCUCUUUGUAGACACAGAUUCUGUAGACCUUUUUUUUCCCCUUCUAUCACUUCCUGUAGGAUUGUAAAUGACAGAAACUUUAUCCAAAUUAUGGGUUGUUAAUGAGAAUGUUGGGCAACGGUUGUAAAUUUCAAUCUGUUUUGAGUUUUAUCA